AUCUGAGUCAUGCUACCACGAAGCACACUGUGCUCGUCGAAGCACCGGGCCCGAGUCCGCUCAGCGAUCUAUUGACAAUCCAGUGGUGAUCUGGCUUGGUCGGCCGGAUGUUCGUGCGUGUCGCUCCGCGAUGUCCCGCGGCGCGUUGUCCCGUGGCAGGGCCGCGACGUGUCCUGCGAGCAGCCUCCACCGCCGUCGUCCGCCCGCAGCACGACCUCGGCGGCAAGAGCAGUCUGCUCGAGACCUCCAUCCCUGCCGACGUGCCGCUGCAGGCAUGGGAGGUUGAGGCGCACGCGCUGUACGCGUGCCUAGCCAAGAAUGGUCUCUUCUCCACCGACGAGACGCGGCGCACCAUCGAAGCCUUCGCCGCCGAGGCGUACUCGGACUGGGGCUACUAUGAGAAAUUCAGCGCAGCCUCCGCACUUCUGCUCCGGGAGAAGGGCCAUCUCGGCGCGGGCGAGCUCGAGGCGGAGAUCUACGGCGAGAUGCAGUCGGGAGAGGGGCGCGCCUUUGUGGUGGGCGAGGCGGUGAGGGUGCGGGAGGAGGACUCGCACCGCACCUCGUGGAGGAGGCCGCACCUCCGCACGCCAGGGUACCUGUUCGGAGCCGCCGGCGUGGUCGAGCGCUGCAUGGGCGAGUUCGCAGACCCGUCGCUCCUCGCGUACGGCGUCCACGACGCGCCCGCGCUGCCGCUCUACCGAGUGAGCUUCCGGCUCGGAGAGCUGUGGAGUGAGGCGGAGGCGGAGGAGGCGGACACCUCUGUCACGGUCGACUUGUACAGCACGUGGCUCGAGGAGCCGGCCGUGCAGCCCUCGGCGGCGGGUGGCGAGGAGGGCGGCGAGGAGGGCGGCGAGGAGGGCGUCGUGGUUCACGCGCCGGGCUGCCGCCCUGCACCGCAGCAGCAGCGGAGGCGCGAGGACAGCCAUGAGCACGGCCACUCCCACGGCAGCAGGCGGCAGGUUGAGAGGGCGGCCUGCGAGGCGGAGGGACAUCCUCGGCCCGGCUCCGCCGUCCACGAGGCGCUCCGUCGCCUCGCCGUGGCCAAGGGCCUCGUCUCGGCGUCGCAGCUCCGCCAGACCGUCGAGAGCCUCGAGACGGCGCACCAAACCCUGCUCGGCGCGACGCUCGUGGCGACUGCGUGGACCGACGAGGCCUUCAAGCGGCGGCUGCUCGAAGACGCCAACGCGGCGGCUCCAGCGCUCGCACGCAUCUCCGCGUCCAACCCGAACGCGCCGACGCAGGUCGUCGUGGUCGAGAACGAUGCCGCCACACACAAUUUGGUCGUGUGCACGCUCUGCUCCUGCUACCCCGCUUCGCUCCUCGGACCCGCGCCGACGUGGUACAAGCUCGCCGUGCACGACGCGACCGCGGACCUGCGCUUCCUCGUCCUGCCGGCGCGGCCCGAGGGGACCGACGGCUGGUCGGCGGAGCAGCUCGCCACCCUCGUGACACGAGACGCGAUGAUCGGCACCGCGGUGUGUGAGGUUGGGAUGCGUUUUCCAUCUAAGGACACCGGGUGUCUCCACUAUGAUUGGGUUCUCCGCGAGAAGAUUUAA